AACACACCAAACAUAGUGUGGCUGUACUGUAGAUUUAGUUUCAAUCCACAUACCCACACCUGCAGCUCAUCGGAGAGCAGUACAUGGACUUGACACGAGAGUGUCCUUUAUAGACGAUACCAGACAAAAUAAUACUGUUUCUACGCAGGAAAUGGCUAGAGUGUCGUUCAGAACAGAGUUACUACUCACACUUGAAAGGGCGUUCCGGGAACUAGUUCCAGAACCUCCAAAGCGAUAUCCACUAACAUGGAAGACGGCACCGUAUGCCUACGCAUACCUCCUGCCGCUCUUGUUCAUGGCAUACCUCAGUCAAAGACGAGAUACCCAAAUAAUACGGCUACUCCUGUUACCAACGUGCCUUGUCAUGGCCAUUAGAGGCACCUAUGCAUAUGACUGGUUUGAGCCUGAUUAUUACUUCUUUACUUGGUUACGAGGAUUGACGGGACUGGCCGCUGCCGGUUUGAGUGUGGACUUUGCUUUCUCACAAACUGCGCGUUUAAAAGUCGGCGAAACAUCUUUACCAGCGAUCAACGAACCAGAAAGCUUGGACGACUCAGAAGACGUGAAGAAGCGGCGUCAGAAUGGGAUCUUUCCUGCAUGGCUAUCAGACGCAGUUGAGGCACUCUCCACAAUGCGAGGAAUAGGCUGGAACUUUGGAAAAUCGACGUAUAUUCCCAGGGAACGCAGGCCCCUGGAACGUCAGGCGUUUCUCCGCGAAACCGCACGUCUCUUCAUCAAGAAAUUCAUCCUCGCCGACAUCUUUGAGUCUCUUAUCAAGUCAAUAACUGGAAUCGGUUCUACCAGCGGUGGAAGCAUGUUCUUUUCAAACUACCCCGUAUUCAAACGUUAUGCCGUCUCCACAGGUAUUCAAUUCCUCGCGGGCAUCACACUCACCAAUGGCGUAGAGUGCCUGAACCUCUUAUUGACGAUCAUCGGGGUCGGUCUCUUAGGCCAAUCUCCAACCGAGUGGCCUCUCAUCCUCGAUCAGCCUUUUGAUUCCGAGUCGCUACACGAUUUCUGGACUCAAAGGUGGCACCAGACUCUUAGACGAAUCUUCGUUGUACUAGGCGGUAUACCCGGAGAGUAUCUUUAUGGGAGAACAGGAUUUAUAUUUGGAGCCUUUUUGGCUUCGGGACUAUUCCACGAAGGUGGAACGUACCUGAUGGGCAGGGGGGUUGAUUAUCGCGUUGUUCUUUUCUUCGUGUUGCAAAGUCUGGGCGUUUGGAUGGAGGAGUUUUAUAGGUAUGUGACUGGAAAGAGGGUCGGAGGUAUACCUGGUACGUUGUGGACGUAUUUUUGGAUCAUAGGGCUCGGGCAGAUGUGCAGUACGUGGCUGUUCAUGAAGGCGUAUUGCAUGCAGGUGCUGACAGUGCUGUUGUCUUAGUGGACGCUUGGUUUACUCGGGGAUUGGCUGGUGCCAUUAUUAUACCACCUGCAAUCAGCCCAAGCAGGCGUAUCGUCUUCCCUGCUAUCCGGUGGGUGAUGCGACUGGUUGCGGUAUCGUUCGCGAUGCUGUUGAAGGCGCUAUGAUUGUCUGACACGUCUGCCUUUAUUCUCGGAUCAUCAUAGUAUGUUUGAGUCCAUUGACAGUAGUUUCACAACCAUCGAAUGUUAUCGUGGCUGCAUCGGCCACUCAGCUGCGUUAAUUCUGAUUGAAAAAUGCAUUGUCAUUUCACUGCUGCUGCACUGAAGGAGGAUUCGGCUUUAUGCCUGUUAAGCUCCCUUGAAUACCAGUGUGAAGAUUUCGCAAGCGACCUAGAUCCCAUUGGAAGAUGUCGAAUUGUCGCUUGGAUGUACUAUGGAGGUCCACAACGCUAACAAAGAAAUAUAUUAAUACACAUUAUGGUAUCAUGAGUACG